CAUCUCCCCCAUCCCCACGCCUCCUCUCCUUCCACGAGUCGCCGACGAGGCGACCACGCCAUCUCCAUCUCCUCCACGUCUCGUCGCCAUCUCCUCAUGCCUACCCACUGCUAGGGUUUGCCCCUAAGCCCCCCACCCUCUCCGCCAUGGCUCUCCCUCUCCACGACGCCACCACCUCCCCCUCCGACCCCGACGACCUCGGCGGCGGCGGCGAGGAGGAGGAGGAGAGGCUCGCCUCGAAGCCGCUGCUCUCGUCCCCGUCCACCUAUCCUUCCGCGGGGACGGAGGAGGGCGUCGAGGAGCUGGAGCUCGACCGGAGGUACGCGCCGUACGCGAGGCGGGACGCGUACGGGGCGAUGGGCCGGGGCCCCCUGGGCGCGGCGGGGGCGGGGCGGCUGGCGGUGGGCGCCGCCGUGCUCUUCCCGCUCCGGCUCGCCGCGGGCGUGCUCGUGCUCGUCGCCUACUACCUCGUGUGCCGCGUGUGCACGCUGCGUGUGGAGGAGGAGGAGCGCGAGGGUGGCGGUGGCGGCGCGGCUGGAGAAGUGGAGGGGGACGGGUACGCGCGGCUCGAGGGGUGGAGGCGUGAGGGCGUCGUGCGGUGCGGCCGCGCGCUCGCGCGCGCCAUGCUGUUCGUCUUCGGCUUCUACUGGAUCCGCGAGUACGACUGCCGCUUCCCUGAUGCUGAGGAUGAGCAUCAGGAACAGUCCAAAGAAUUGGGAAGACCAGGGGCAGUAGUAUCUAAUCAUGUAUCUUAUGUGGAUAUUCUUUACCACAUGUCAUCUUCCUUCCCAAGCUUUGUUGCCAAGAGAUCAGUGGCCAGAUUGCCCAUGGUUGGUCUCAUAAGCAAAUGUCUUGGAUGCAUUUUUGUUCAGCGGGAAUCUAAAACCUCAGAUUUCAAAGGCGUUUCAGGUGCUGUGACUGAGAGAAUCCAACGGGCUCAUCAACAGAAGAAUUCUCCAAUGAUGCUACUUUUCCCUGAAGGCACAACUACAAAUGGUGAUUAUCUCCUCCCUUUCAAGACAGGAGCAUUUCUUGCAAAAGCACCAGUGAAGCCAGUCAUUUUAAGAUAUCCUUACAAGAGAUUUAGUCCAGCAUGGGAUUCGAUGUCUGGGGCUCGGCAUGUAUUUCUGCUCCUUUGUCAAUUUGUAAAUAACCUUGAGGUGAUCCAUUUGCCUGUGUAUUACCCAUCUGAGCAAGAGAAGGAAGAUCCUAAGCUGUACGCAAAUAAUGUACGGAAAUUGAUGGCAGUGGAGGGGAACUUGAUUCUUUCUGAUCUUGGGCUAGCAGAGAAGCGUGUGUACCAUGCGGCAUUGAAUGGAUUAUUAUGUCAAAGCUAAUUUGGAUAUGCGUGCCGUUAAUUUUCCUAUUUGUCCCUGAAAUGUUAUCGUACAUGAACCGAAGUCAAAGUUUGCCAUUAGUUUUUCUCACCAAAGGGAUCCUUUGUAGAUGACCACAGAAUUUUGCAGCAAGAAUCAGCUAGGCAUUAAACCACAGGAAUUAAUACAUAGGGGGAUGAAGGGGGUAACCAUAGAAAUUUCCAUUUUCUUCAGCUCAGGAUCAUGUUUAGUAGUGUUGAUGUGUCAUCACUAACAAUGUUGUAUCUGGUGUACCUUCCAACUAGCGAAUUACCAAUCAAAUGUAAUAGUUUUUAUGGUUACCUAUGUGAUCCAUUUCCCUUUUUUAGCUUACACCAUCUUAGUUUAAUAUGUUGAUUGGUUCUUCAUUAACCUUACUCUUUACAAUAGCAGAAGUUGGGGUGAUGCCUACAUUCAAGACACACCCUCCCACUCUGUAUUCAAUACAUCUGUUGUUUGCCACA